AUGCUAAUCGCACCCAACCUUAUGGCACUGUUAGGCACAGUUAGCUCUGGCACUGACAUAACGUGCAUAAGACUGGUGUCCCUCAACGUACCGGCGCGGGUCAAGAAGGGCAGUUCCGUGCAGUUGUCGUGUUUGUAUGACUUGGGAAACGCGUCGUUAUAUUCGUUGAAAUGGUUUUAUAGGAAUCAUAAGAAUCCUGAGGAACAGGAGUUCUUU